ACGCCACCGCAACUGCAAGCACAUAGUUAUGGCCUCCCUCUCCCUUUCUCUCACUCCGUAACAGCUACAAAAACAAGCAUGCAUUCCCUUUUUGCAUUUCCUUCCCAUCUAUAUUUCCCGAUUCUUUCUUCUCCUUUCCUUUCCAGAUCUCUCGUUGGCGCCAACCAUGCCUCUGCUCGCUUCUGCUCCCGUUACUCUCUCCAUUUUCAACAUUUUUUUUUCUUUCCAUUUUUUUGUUGACAAAAGCCCACACUGCAACAGAUACAACUUAAACAGCAAAAAGAGAAGCUUUUAUUUCCCUCCUUUAUAUAGUUAUUGUUAUCAUGGAACUUGUUACAGGAAAGCCGAGCCUUUUCCGAAAUAUUCUGGUUCGUGCUCUUCUUUUCGGUGUUUUCAUCUUGGUCUUUCGAUUCGCUUACGUGGUCACAAUUACUGGCGAGUCUUGCAAUCGCGGUGACUUCUGCUUCUUCUCCAUGCGGCAGAGUCUCAACCUCGUUAUCCCUGAUUCUGGAGUCUCUGCCAUCGUCGGAAAUGACGCCGUUUCACGCCCUGAUCCUCGCCGGGAACUCUACACCAGCAAGGAGUGGAUCAGUGCCGUCCAUUUCUACUCUUCGGUUUUCCAAGAUCUGAUCACCAAGGGUUACCUCUUGCCUCACUCCAAGUCUCUCUGCAUAGAGACUCCUUUAGGACAAGAAGUUUUCGCCUUGAAAGAGAAAGGCGUGGUAGAUUCCAUCGGUAUUUUCAAGAAAGCGAGCAAGCCUUUGGUGAUUAAAGGUGAGGGGCAUAAGAUGCCGUUCGAUGAUAAUACUUUUGACUUCAUAUUCACCGGUGGUGGCCGCCUCGAUGCAUCGGCUCGUCCGUUGGAUUUCGCAGCGGAAAUUACUCGGACACUGAAACCCGAAGGGUUUGCAGUAGUCCACGUCAAGGCCAAUGAUACAUAUAGUACGCAUUCUUUGCUUGAUUUGUUCAGUUCUUGCAAAUUAGUUAAAAUGCUUGAUAUGGAUGGUUUCGAUUCAUCAAUGCUUUUUGUUAGAGAAAUUGUAUUGAGAAAAGAGAAUGGAUUUCUUAACCAUGAGAGGAAAAAGGUUCCCCAUGGUAUUUCUGGUAAUAAAUGCUUGGUUCCGGGGUAUAAACGAGAAUUAGUCGAGCAGACAGAGCUGCUUAUUGAGGAGGAGCCCUUAAAGCCGUGGAUUACCUUGAAAAGGAAUAUAAAGAAUGUGAAGUAUUUGCCAUCAAUGGCUGAUAUCAGUUUCAAGAAUAGAUAUGUGUAUAUUGAUGUUGGUGCUAGGAGUUAUGGUUCUAGUAUUGGAAGCUGGUUCCGGAAACAAUACCCCAAACAGAACAAAACCUUUCAUGUCUAUGCUAUCGAGGCUGACAAGCAUUUCCAUCAACAAUAUUUGAAGAAGAAGGCGGUUACAUUGUUGCCUUAUGCUGCAUGGGUGAGGAAUGAGACGCUGCGGUUUGAGAUCAAUCUCGAUCCUGGACAGGAAGAAGUGAGUGACCUUAAGGAUAAAGGCAGAGGGAUGGGCAGAAUACAACCGGUUAAAUCGAGCGGAGGCAAGGUUGAUGAGAUUCAAGGGUUUGAUUUCGCAGAAUGGUUGAAGAACACCGUGACAGAAAUCGAUUUCGUGGUGAUGAAGAUGGAUGUUUAAGGAACUGAAUUCGACUUGAUUCCUCGGCUAUUCGAAACAGGUGCAAUCUGUUUGAUUGACGAGAUCUUCCUCGAAUGCCAUUAUAAUAGGUGGCAAAGGUGUUGUCCCGGUCAGAGGAGUCCCAAAUACAAGAAAAAUUACGGCCAAUGCUUGCAACUCUUUACUUCACUCCGAGAUAGCGGUGUUCUUGUCCAUCAAUGGUGGUGACUGGUGAGAUUGGCAAUUCAUUCGUUUUUAAAUUGGAUGUAGCUGCAAAUCAAAAUUUUCCUUUUAGUUGAUUGUUUCAUUGUUCUUGUUUGCUUGUAUUCGUAGUAUGCACAUUUAGGCCUGCAAGUGUAGUAUAUAUACAAUAUUAAUCA